GUCAUGGUCAUGCAUGUCCAAUCGGCGAACUGUGUACAACUACAACUCGACUGUACACAUUGUGUAACACAAGUCACAAUGACCAUGAUACCAGACUCGACACAGGAUGUUAGAAAGGAACUGGCUCCAACCAGUCGGACAGCCAAGGAAAGAAACAUAAGUAUGGCUAAAGAUAUGAAAGGAAAGAAAAGGAAGUCCAAAGAGCUAUUAAAGAAGAAAGGCACAAAGAGAAAGAAGGCUGAACAGACACGGGCCACCGAGUCGCCGGGAUGUGACGCUGCCGAGAUGGACCUGCAGGUGGAACUGAAGCCGAUCAGUGACUACGUCGGUGACCGCACAGAGCUAGUAGAGCAGAUGAUGACGACCAUCACCAUGCCACAGAUCCGACGCAUGCUGCCGGACAUACUCAAGGACAUACCCGGUGACAAACUGAAGCAGUUGUGCAAUGAUCAGCUGGAUAUGAUGUCAAAAAAGCGAAUUCUGUGUAUAUUGAAAGGAGAGAACGCAGACGACAUAUCGUCAUCGGGAACGGACGACGGUGACGACGAGGACGUGAAGGAGCUUGGCCAGGAGCAGGACAGCGUGCAGCCCGCUGACUCCACGUCGUCACUGCUCGACGAACCGCACAGCGCCGAGAAAAAGUUAAGUACUACUAAUGACAAUGAUCAGCUAGAACUCAACCCAGACCAGGAUGAAGUUGGAAGUCUCUAUGAUGAAGAGAUGGACCGCAGUGUUGCGGCCAAAGAUGUUGAGUUGAAUGCGGACACACCUAAAGAAGCUGAAGUCGAGAAACUAGAUGUCAAGCCAGAGAAGGAGAUCCCUUCACAUCACCAGGAGGAGGAGCGCAUCCCGCGUCACCUCCCGACGACGGCUCCUCCGACAACCGAGGAUGCCUCGCUCGGACAUGCAGCCUUGUCUUCCUUCACAAAGAAUCAGAUGGAGAUACUGGAACUUGAAAUGCGCGCGCGUGCUAUCAAGGCCAUGCUGAAUGCUCAAGUGAGACAGUCAGGCACUCCACAGUCGCAACCACAGGAGCAGAAGGUCGAAGAAGAGGUGGAGCAGGAGGAGUGGGAUGAGGAUGAAGAGCAGGAGGAUAUAGCUUAUAGAAUCGAUGAUCAAUGCCAGGCACGCACGCAGGAAGAAGAUGAGGUGAUCGCGAAGCCAUUGUCGCCUCCAGCUCCCGUCGUUACCCGGUAUAAGCGUGGAGUGGACAGUGAACCAGAAGAGGGUGAAUUGACGGAUCAGAGUGAAGACGAUGGCGAGCAGGUGGACGACAAUGUCGAGAGCAAUAAACCCGAGAGCACAAUCCAAGUGUCGUCGCCGACCAAAGUAGAAGAACGGCAAAUCAAACGUGAAGGUGACCCCGCAGUGGCACUGUCGGCAGCAGACGCGUCGGACAUCGUCACAGCUCCCGCUGACAGCACCCGAUCUGGCAGUUUGCCAGCAGUCACCUCGUCGGACGACGGCGAGGAGCGCGCCAUCGGCGAAACGCUCUGUGCACUCGUCGACGCCGUCGCGGCGUCCAUAGACUGUCACCGCGUCGCCGAGACGAACGCCGACGAUGGGGCCGGCGCCUGCAGCACGCACGCAGCUAUUGCGCGGGGGUCGUCUAUGCGAGCUCCGUGCAGGCUGGCAGUGACGCUGUACAAGCUGGCAGUGACACUGUGCAAGCUGGCAGUGACGCUGUACAAGCUGGCAGUGACACUGUGCAAGCUGGCAGUGAUGCUGUGCAAGCUGGCAGUGACACUGUGCAAGCUGGCAGUGACGCUGUACAAGCUGGCAGUGACGCUGUGCAAGCUGGCAGUGACACUGUGCAAGCUGGCAGUGACGCUGUACAAGCUGGCAGUGACACUGUGCGGGCUGGCAGUGACGCUGUGCAAGCUGGUAAUGACACUGUACAAGCUGGCAGUGAGAAAGAUGGUGACAGUGGCCACAAGGUCGUGCGUUCUAGCUCGCAACGUGGGCAGGACGACCGCCGAUUGCACACGCAUUCACACACCGGAAGCAAAGCAAUCCCAGUGCGGGCAGUGGAACACGCGGAGGAGUCGGAUGCUGACGACCUUGACCCAGGAUUCUGGGGUCAAGGUACCAUCACCGAUGAGCAGGAACUGGAUGCCGAAGAAAGUGGAGCGGACAGUUCCUGAUGGUGAAUUGACGGAUCAGAGUGAAGACGAUGGCGAGCAGGUGGACGACAAUGUCGAGAGCAAUAAACCCGAGAGCACAAUCCAAGUGUCGUCGCCGACCAAAGUAGAAGAACGGCAAAUCAAACGUGAAGGUGACCCCGCAGUGGCACUGUCGGCAGCAGACGCGUCGGCCAUCGUCACAGCUCCCGCUGACAGCACCCGAUCUGGCAGUUUGCCAGCAGUCACCUCGUCGGACGACGGCGAGGAGCGCGCCAUCGGCGAAACGCUCUGUGCACUCGUCGACGCCGUCGCGGCGUCCAUAGACUGUCACCGCGUCGCCGAGACGAACGCCGACGAUGGGGCCGGCGCCUGCAGCACGCACGCAGCUAUUGCGCGGGGGUCGUCUAUGCGAGCUCCGUGUUCGCAUGAUCCGUCGCAUAUGCGUGCCGUGCGUGUGGAGGCGGUAAGCACACGUCAAAAUGUCGGGCAGGAUGGCAAUGAUGGCAGGCAGGCUGGGGCUAGUGACACUGUGGCAAGCUGGCAGUGA